CGCCGCCACAACGCUUAUCUAGCAAGGCCUUGCAAACUCCAUCCCGCCAUGCAGGAACACAGUCGAGGGAAACGAUGAGGAAAACCAUUCUCCUCUGUUUUAUUCAUGGCUUCAAGGGCGGAGACGAGACCUUCAGGCACUUUCCUUCCCACCUGAAGGCCCUCCUUCAACAUGCGCUACCCAAAGUCACCAUCCUCACCAUCACGUACCCGCAGUUCGAGACGCGCGGAGACUUGACCGAGUGCGUUGCGCGGUUUAGGGAAUGGCUGGAGAACAAAGUUAUAGACCUCGAGGUUGCCAACUCGACGCCAUCACCUACCGUCGACCCUUCGGUCCGCACAAUACUCGUCGGGCACUCCAUGGGUGGCAUCGUCGCGGCGGAGGCACUCUUGUCCAUCAUUGCCGAACAGCCAGUUCCUUCUCUCAAGAACUCACAAACGGCUUCGACAGGCUCCCUAAACGAUCAUUCGAUGCUCAUGUUCCCUUACAUACAAGGCAUUCUGGCUUUCGAUACACCAUACCUUGGAAUAGCGCCUGGCGUAGUGGCUCAUGGCGCGGAGAAGCACUGGCAGACAGCGAGCUCAGCCUACUCGGCCUACACAAACCUCGCGGGCGCCUUUGGCUGGGGGAACAAGGACAAUGGUGCCGGGCCUGCGGUUGAUACGAGUAAGAUGCUUCCUGCACCCUCCUCAGACUCCAACGCCGAUGCUGCAUCCGCACCGCUCUGGCAGAGAUACGGUCGCGUAGCCAUGUUCGCAGGCGCUGCCGGUGCAAUCGCAGCAGGCGGUGCAGCAGCAUACAUGAAGAAAGACCAGAUCUCCCAAGGGGUGAACUGGGCAACGUCGCAUCUCGAGUUCGUCGGUGUCCUAGCCCGCCCCGAAGAGAUGCGAAAGCGCCUCGCCAGCGUCGCCAAACUCUCCCACACCCAAGAUCUUGGCUUCGCCAACAUAUUCACCACUCUGGGUCACGCUGUCAACAGUGAAAACAAAGAAGCUGGCUGGACUGGAAAAGUCGCUGGCAAGGACCGCACGUUUUGCAACCUCCCCAAGGGCGAACUGAAGAACUUCUUUGUACCAGCCGUCAAUGAUAAAAGCACCGCGGAGACUUGGGCGCACAUGAACAUGUUCGAGCCGAAGAAUAACCCGGGAUAUUACACGCUGAGCGAGACAGCCAAAGAGCAGAUCAUUGAGUGGGCAGAGAAGACGGAGUGGUAUGAACAGAGUGAGGGGCCAUUGAGGGGAGAGGUCGAAGAGGAGGCGGAAAUCGUAGAACGCCAGGAGGUAGAUGAGCAGAUGCAGAGGGAGGCGGACGCAAAGGAUGCCAAGGAGGACGAGUUUGUGGAUUUGAAGAGGCCAGCAAGUGAGUCGGCGGAGUCCGAAGACGAUGUGCGGAAAAGGAGGGAGUUGUGAUGAUUGCACUACCUUGGUCGAUGAUGACAGGCCCAAUGAUGUAUGAGUACGACGGAUUGAUAGAAGCGAGUAGCGAGCGUGGUAUACCCCAUCCUCUCUACAUGAACACGAAUACAUGACAUGCUUUUAACAACUUGGCA